UGUGACACCAAUCAGGAGUUUGCACCGGGCCGGUGAUUUGGUGCAAUGCGAACACUUAAAUCGCUCAUUGUGUGCACGCGGUCAGAUAAAUAGGCGGGGAGCAGCAACCUCCCACUCCUCCUAUUGCUAUAACAACCACAGGGCGGUCGGUGUGACUCCAUGGCACAGCGGCUCGGAUGCGACUGCCAAGUGUCAUCCUCCUUGCGAGCAGCCCCGACCUCAGCUCACCGUACCGCCGCUUGACAACUGACUGAAAUCCCGCCCGGGUAGAAGGAGGAGGAGGAGGACGGGGAGAGCCUGUGUGUCCCCCCCCCCCCCUCUCCGUCACAGAGAUCUGAACAGUGGGGAAGCUCGUGCUCGGGAUCCGCUACGUCAAAACAGAUUAGUAAAAUAACCUCUCGGGGUAGGACAUACCUCCCCUCCUUGGGCUUGCCUGGCUGCAUGCAUGGGCUGAGGAGGCGAGAUAGUCUGCGCUGACAAAUAGCCAGGAAGCCUUUGGCGAAAACAGAAGUGCACUACUUUUUCUUUUCUUUUUCUUUUUUUUUGGUUGGAUGAGACGACUGUGGUGGUGGUGGUGAUCCUCCAGCAGCAGCGUCUCCUCUCUCUUUUUUUUUCUCUCUUCUCCCACCCCACCACCCCGGUGCGAAAUGGCGAAAGAAAACGGCGAGUCCAGCGAUGGAUCUUGGAAAAAGCAUGUCGAUGAUAUCAAGAAAAUAUUUGACUUCAAGGAAGUCCUUGGGACUGGCGCAUUUUCCGAAGUGGUGAUGGCUCGAGAGAAGGCCACGGGAAAGAUGGUCGCAAUCAAGUGCAUCCCGAAAAAGGCGCUGAAGGGGAAGGAGACAAGCAUCGAAAAUGAAAUCGCCGUGCUCAGGAAGAUAAAGCAUGAGAACAUCGUGGCUCUGGAGGACAUCUACGAGAGCUCAAACCACCUGUACCUCAUAAUGCAGCUGGUAUCUGGAGGUGAGCUAUUUGACCGUAUCGUGGAAAAGGGCUUCUACACAGAGAUGGAUGCCAGUCGGCUCAUUCGGCAGGUUUUGGAUGCAGUCAACUAUCUGCACUCCAUGGGCAUCGUGCACCGAGACCUGAAGCCUGAGAACCUGCUGUACUUCAGCCCUCACGAUGACUCAAAGAUCAUGAUCAGUGACUUUGGCCUGUCAAAGAUGGAGGGAACCGGUGACGUGAUGGCGACCGCCUGCGGGACUCCAGGAUACGUGGCCCCUGAAGUUUUAGCUCAGAAACCCUACAGUAAAGCCGUGGACUGCUGGUCUAUUGGGGUCAUCGCAUAUAUUCUGCUUUGCGGUUACCCUCCUUUCUAUGAUGAAAACGAUUCAAAGCUCUUUGAGCAAAUCCUCAAGGCAGACUAUGAGUUUGACGCACCGUACUGGGACGACAUAUCAGACUCCGCCAAAGACUUCAUCAGCUGCCUAAUGGAGAAGGACCCAGAGAAGAGAUUCACGUGUGACCAGGCUCUUCAGCACCCCUGGAUUGCCGGAGACACAGCUCUCUGCAAGAACAUACAUGAAUCAGUCAGUCGACAGAUGCGGAAAAAUUUUGCCAAAAGCAAAUGGAGGCAAGCUUUUAAUGCGACGGCUGUGAUCCGCCACAUGAGGCGUCUGCAGCUGGGCACCAGCUUUGGCAGCAGCAUCCACAGCAACAACUCCGUGUCCAACCCUCAGAGCCGAGCUCCAGCCAAGAGCCAGUCUGUGGACUGUGCCCCGCUCUCCCUGAAGGACUGUGCUCCAAUAGCUCCUUUGCCAUCUGCUGUUAAGGUGUACAAUCAGGACUCUGAUGCCACCUCUCCAGUACGAGAGGAACUGCCAGUGGUGGCCGAGCCGUCGCGGCCACGACCCUCCACUGUUACUGUCAUCCACACAGGGACUAAAUGACGCCAGGUUCCGCGGGAGGUGAGCUGGGAGACCACGGAGCUUUGAGACGGGAUAAAACCAUCCCAGGCCUCGUGAUUCGUUGCCCAGUUUGCCCAUCCCGCAACCUCCCAUAUGUUUCUGCCAACCACGGGAGGAAUUUAAGGAGCAUUGGCUCAGCUCCAUUUAGCACGGCUCAGCAUGGCACCCCGCUGCCAUACAGAGCUGGAAGUACAGAGGGGGAGAGGUUCACCAGAAGUUGUUAUUGUGGAAGCCAACUUUAGGCUGGAUGAUGGUUGUCUGGCAGACAAACAAGCAGCUGGUCUGGGAAGUGCCACACUAAAAGGAACUCUUUAUUGAAGCUGCUGUCAUUUUUGACUGUGAGCGUCUUGAGACAGGACGCUCCUCUGUAUGCCUUGUGUAAAUAUCCUGCCUGGGAACUGUUGAGUGGAGUCAUGUUAUGCAAGUGAAAUAUGAGCUUCAAGUUGUGGUAAAUAAUCGUGACAUCAUCUGCACUCUGAACUUCUUGUCGUUUUGACUGCUCGUUAAUUCGCUGUGGUAUUUGCUACAAUGGCUCACAGGGUCCUAACUCCCAACAGUAUGACAGUAUGUGUAAUCUCUUUGCUUUAAAGUGUGUGGACAUGAAACAUGGGCAGGAUAAUGUGCUUUAGUCAUGGAUGAUGAUCACUGAGAAGGCUGGUGCGUUGCACUAAUGUAUUGGAUUAUUUAUUUUCUUACAAUAUAUUAUGACUUUUGUAAGAAUAUCACUUGCAUAAAUGUGUAAAUGUAUUAUCAAACUGGACUGAAAAGUUAUUGCAUUGAAUGAUAAAGAUACAGUACCUAAUAGUUGUUACUUUGUAAUUGAUAAUUAUUUGAUUAAUUAAUUUUAACGUGACUGUGAAGUCCUCCUUGACCACAGGAGGGCAACCACGUGUUGUUGCUUUGUGACCAGUUCUCAGGGAUGUGCUCCAACAUGAAGCUAUCCAAAGCUCCUCUCAGAGUGGUCUGACACUGUUGUUGGGGAAGGUGAUGGUGAAAUGGUUGAAAAGAAAAACCUCCAAAUACUGCAUGUUAUUCUAAUGUGCCAUUGGGAGAGUUUGGCAGAUGUUUUCUUUCCUUAAAUCCAUCAUUACUGACUUAAAUGAGCAUCAUGUAACUCAUUCUGAAUGGAUUGUUUUCCCACCAAAAAACCUUGAAUUAUAGAUUUGGAGUUAAUGAAAGUGUUUAUCAGUGAAGUGCACAUUCAGUAAAAAAAAUGUAAAAUGACAAAUGAAUGCAAAUGUAUCUUAAUAAUAAUUGCUCCCAUUGCAGAAUCGUCAAAUCAAUAGUGUGCAGUUCAGUAGUUGAAAUAUCGUGCUCUGCUUCCGCUCAUAAAGUGGCUGGUCUGAAAACAGCUCACUCUCUCUGUGUUUAAUCACUGUGCUUUCAUACCAGCCUGUUGAAUUUAGCAGAAAGACUCUUUCUCCCUCUCUCUCUCUCUCUCCCUUUCACACAGAGAAGAGAAAGGAUCUGUCUUUGUAUUUUCUCUGUGGUACCUCUAUUUAAUUUUAAAUCACUCAACAUGAAUGGGGACGGGUGGGGAUGGGGUACGGGGGGGCACACUCCAUCAGAACACGCCCAAUAUCAAGGGCUUUUCCAUCUUGAAUUAUCUAAAAAUGUUGUGGUGAAUGUCGACAUACAGACUUUGAGCCUCUAUUAACUGUAAAUACAAAUCUCAACAACACAGUUUGCUUGGGUCAUGAGUGCUUAUUUUUGUCUUCCUGAUAUUUUUCCCCAAAAAACAUCAAAAGAAAGCAAAGUUAUGAAGCAUUUAAAGACCCUCAGUGUGCAUGUUUUACAUAUUGUUGCAGAACUGUUCUUUGGAGUUGUAGAGACUCGUGUAUUAAAAAAAGAGGCUUGUUUGCA